AUGGUUACUAAUAUGACUAUGUUUGAAUGCUCAACAUGCCAUGAGCAAUCAGAUGACAGACAAACGAUGAAGCAUUUGUCUACGACAAGACAUAAAACUAUAAUAGAUAUGGCAACUGCUGAUGAAGUGGCAUGUGAAGAAUGUGAAAAUAAUAAUAUUCAUCAAUUGCAAAUAAUACGUUUUGGGGGCGAUGAUAUCGUGCUAUUAUGUAACUCCUGUUUUAACAAAGAAUAUUCUGAAAAUGAAAAACCUUCUACUUCUUACUCAUUAUCUAAUGGGUCUAUUUUAUCAUAUUGGGAUAAUUAUAUUAAGGUAAGAGACUGUCAAUGUGAUGUUUGUGAGAAAGAUUCCAAAUUAAAUGUAAACAAUAAAGGAAAAGUAUUAUGUUCAUCUUGUUUAAAAAUGCAAAAUCCUGCGACUAUUAAUGACUUUGUUUCUGAAGAUAGUGGUAAAUUUUUAUAUGUAUACUUGGGAAUAAAAGAAACUCCAAACAAUAAAAAAUUCCAAAAGAGAAAAAGAAAAGUUGGCAGAAAGUCUAGAAAACCUAAGAGAGUUAGAGCUAAGAAAGUCUUAACAGUGCAUGAAAAAAUGGCCAAAGAUGCAUAUGAAACAAAGAAGAAAAACAAUAUAAUUGCAAGUACUAGUAGUGUUACACUAUCAUCCUUUAGAGGUUUUAAGGCUUCAGGGCCAUCGAUUCCACCAAAGAACUCUAAUCCAGUUUCUUCCUCUAAUAGCAUCUCAAGCAAAAACAAUUCCAAUACAAAUUUGAAAAAUAUCGUUAAUUCGAAUGAACCAUUGAAAUCAAGAAUAAAAAAUUCUUCAAACUCAUUGGCAUCCAAAUCGAAGUCUAAUUCCAAAUUUAAUUCAAAUACUAAAAUAUCUACAUCUGAUAAAAAAAAAUCUAAAUCGCAAGCUCCAAAAGAAGAUAAGAAAAAUAAAUCUAGCAUCUCAUCUACUAUACAGAAUAGGGAUAAAAAGACCAAAUCUAGGUCUGUAGAUAUUACACCAAGUAUUUCAGCUUCUUCAUCUCAAGCAUCUCUUAGGGAUACUCACUCGUCAACCGGUAUAAGGGCAACAUCUAUGUCAAAUAACCUUAAUAAGAAGGCAAAAGACAAAAAUAAGAGCCAGAUAUCUAUUAAUGAGACUCUUGUUAGUAAGCCACAAGACAAUUCAAAUUCGGGAAAGUUUGCAACUUAUUGGGAAAAUUCUGCAACUAAUGACAAUAGUUUUACCCCAAAAGAAAAGAAUGAACCAAAGCAAACAAUAAUAAAACAAAACGAAGCUUCUUCUUCGCCUGUUAUAAAUAGUAAAUCCAAAAAUAAGAAAUCAAGAUCUAAAUAUAAAGAGAACCAAAAUAAGUCUAACAAUGAGACUAAAAAUAAAAAGAAAUCUACGUCUAAGAAUGAACCGAAAUUAAACGAUAAAAAAUCUAAAGAAUCUAGUUUAUGGGAUUCAAGGUGGUCUACAGAUAAUUUAUCAUCUUUAAAUAUAUCAAAACCUUCUAAUUCCGAUGUAAAGAAUAAUAAAUCGAUAAAGGAGAAAAAAUCAAUUGUAGUUGAAAAUAGUAAACUCAAACCAAUAAUUAAAAAUGAACACAUAAAACGAGAUGUUAUUGAAGAAGGUGUUCGUGUUGCUAGUUAUAAUAAAUACACUCCGACUUUGAACUAUGACGAUUUAUCUACGUAUUUUUCUGAAUUUUCUUAUGCCAUGUUUUUAGAAGAAAAAUUAGAAACUGAAUUCUUACAAGAUUUUACUAUAAUGUGGCCUAAGGAUAAAAAAGCAAAAUGUUUUGUAUUAACAAUAAAUUCUAAAAAUAAUCCUGAAAUUGAUAGAAUUCUACCACCAAACCUUGCUAAAUUAGGUAGAAAGGCGUUUGUUAAUAGACAACCUAUUAUGUUUUGUACACAAGAUGAAACUGAAGUUUGGUAUACAUAUGUUAGAGAAACAGCAGAGAAUCGAGGUAAAACCACGUUAUUAUUAGAAGCAUAUUUUUGGAAUAAAUUAACUUUGCCAGUUAAUAGAGGUAAUCAUGAAUUUAAAAUUAUUCCAUGUUCACCUCAAACAACAAGAAUUUUGUUUGCCAUGACACAAAUCAAUAAUGCAAAUUUUAUUAAUUUAAUUCUUGGUAAAAAUCCAAUUAAACAAAUUGAAUUCCAUAAUAGAAUUCAAUUUCAUAAGAGCACUUUCAAUGAAUCUCAGAAAGCUGCCAUUCAACAUGUUUUAAAUAACGAUAUUACAAUUGUUCAAGGUCCACCAGGUACAGGUAAGACUUCUACUAUUGAAGAAAUUAUUUUACAAAUGAUAAAGAAUUUCAAUUCAUUCCCAAUUUUAGUAGUGGCUGCAUCUAAUAUUGCUAUUGAUAAUAUUGCAGAGAAAUUUGUUAAAAAUAGUAAUAUUAGAAUCUUAAGAAUUGUAUCUGAAGCUAAAGAAUCCGAAUAUAAUAAAGAACAUCCAUUAGCACCAAUUUGUUUACAUCAUAUUGUAUAUGAUCAAUUACCUGAAAAUGCAUUAAAUACACUUUCCAAAUUGAAAAAUGGAUUGUUUUCAAGUAUUAGUAAAAAAGAAUAUAACAAAUUAUCUGAUAUUAAAAAUGGUAUUUCUGAUAGAUAUGUUUCACAAGCCCAAAUAAUUUUCACUACCAAUAUAGCCGCCGGUGGUCGUUCAUUAAAGGGGCUAAAAGAAUUACCUGUUGUUAUUAUGGAUGAAUCUACGCAAUCUUCAGAAGCUGCCACUUUAGUUCCAUUAUCAUUGCCUGGGAUUAGAACUUUUGUAUUUGUAGGUGAUGAAAAACAAUUAUCUACAUUUAGUAAUGUACCUCAAUUAGAAAUGUCAUUAUUUGAAAGAGUUCUUUUAAAUGGACGCUAUGCUAAACCACAUAUGUUAGAUACUCAAUUUAGAAUGCAUCCAACAAUUAGUGAAUUCCCCAUCAAGACAUUUUAUAAUGGAGAAUUAAAAGAUGGUAUAACUCCUCAAGAUCGAUAUAUUGAAGGAAUCAAUUAUCCAUUAUAUUUUUAUGAUGUUUAUAAAGGUGGAGAAGAAAAAGUAUUCCAUACUCAAAAUGGUAUUAGUGGAUUCACAUAUACUAAUAGACAUGAAGCAAAAGAAAUUGUCAAAGUUUUGUACAAGUUAAUAUUGGAUAAGAAGAUUCAAAGAAAAGAAAUUAGUAUCAUCACCCCCUAUAGUGCUCAAAGAGAUUUGAUUUCUGAUAUUUUAGCUGAGGAUUUACUAAUUAAUCCUCAAUCAUUAAGUAUUAUCCGUGAUGUCGAUGAAGUAGAUCUUUUAAAUAAUAAGAACAAUUCAAGCCUUAAUAAUGAAUCACGCAAAAAGACAAUCAAUAUUAUUAAUGGGAUAUAUGUGGCCACCAUUGAUUCUUUCCAAGGUCAUGAAAAUAAUUUUAUUAUUUUUUCAUGUGUUAGAAAUAAUCCAGAAAAACGAAUUGGGUUUUUAAAUGAUAGACGAAGAUUGAAUGUGGCAUUGACAAGAGCAAGAAAUGGGUUGAUUAUGAUUGGAAAUUCAAGAGUUCUUAGCUCUGGAGGAUCUCUAUGGAGAUCUUAUAUCAAAUAUAUUGAGAGAAAAAAGUUAAUUUUCAAGAGUUUGGACCAAUACUAA